AUGAAAAUUCCAACCAACUUUUGGAAACUAUUUUACAUGAAUUUAAUUUUGAUGAUGCACUUAAGUUUAUGUUUAGCUUUGACUUCAUUGUUACCAUAAAUAGCUGAAUAAAAUGGUUAUGUAGAUUUGGGUAAUUAUUCGAUUUUGGCAAUCUAUAUGGCAGAAUUCUUUUUUAAUAUACUAUCUCCUGCUUACUUAAAAAAUAAAAAAUUCAAUAUAGCAUUUACUUUUCAAGCUUUGCUAGUGGUGCCUAGCUUUUUUGCUUCUGAGUAAAUUUAAUAGAAAUUGUAGUUAUCUUACAAAUUGUAGAAAUGGAGAUGAUAGUACAUGGAUAUGUAAGCCUUAGAUUCUAAGUCCAAUAAGCAUAAUUUUUACUUUUAUUUUAGGAGCAGGACUAGGUGGAUAUUUUGUUGUAUAAAACUAUUAUGUAAGUCAAUGUGCAACAAUUGAAUCAUCAGAGAUAAUGUUUAGUACAACAUAUAUCCUUAUGGGUUUAUCAUCCAUGUUAAGUGGAUUUUAUUCUAAAUUAAUGUUAAAACUUGUGUCAAGAUCAACUUUUUUUUGGGUUACAGGUUUCAUAGAAUUAGGAUUAUCAAUGCUAUUUUUAUUUAUUAGAACUCCAUAAAAGACAGAUAUGAUGGUUAGUGAAGUUAAAGUAAAUGAUUCAGAAAUAGAAAGAGAAACAGAUAAUAUUAAAGAAGAAGAUUCAAUAAAAUAAAAUAUAAUGGAUAUGUAUAAGGUGUUUUUAGAUAAAAGCACUUAUAUUUAUUAUCCAUUAUUUUGGAUGACUGGUAUAAUAAUUGGAUUUGAAUAUGGUUUACUAUAUUAAUUUAUAAAUAAAUCAUUGGAAAAGUAUAAUUAUGAUGAAUAAACUAUUAAUGAGAAAACAGCUGAAGUUUAUUUAUUUGUAGGAAUUGCAUAAACUUUAGGAGCUUUGAUUAAUGGAAUUAUAAAGAAAACUUUAAAAUCGUAAACAAGUAUAGUUCUUUAUACAAAUUUGUUAAGCAUUAUUGUUAUUAUAGCAUUAGUAGAAUCAUUUAUUGAUAGUUUCAAAAUAACAAUAAUUCUUGGGUUUUUCUUGUAAAAUUUUAAUUAAUUUUUAGAGGACUUGCUGACAUCAGUGGAUAGUUUAAUUCUGCAAUAACUAUUUCAGAAUAAUAUAAGGAUGCUUUACCUAUUUAUGGAAUUUAUUUUUGUUUUUAAAAUCUUUCAAUUGCACUUGUUAUUAUACAAGCAACUUUAUUAGAAUAUGUGCAUUUGGGAUACAAUUUAUUUUUAGUAGGAAUUUCUUAAAUUACAGUUAACUUAGCUAUGCAUUACGUAAAUAGAAAAAAAGCAGAAUGA